AUGAUAGAGCUUCAAACGACACACCAAGAUCCUGUUUACUUACCUCGUUACGCCACGAAACCGUCUCCUAUUUAUUUUCCACAAGCGGAACUUUUUUUAUCCGCUAUUCCACAUCAAUUACAUUUUACCUAUUUCAGUCAACUUUCUUCAUAUGUUCUUUAUUUUCAAAAAAAUGAUAUUUGGGCUGAAAUGAAUAUUUUAGAAAGAUUGUAUUACAAAAAUAAGAACCAACAUAAUCGUGCUAAAUAUUUUCGGAAAAUUGAAGAGGCCCGAAGGAUAAUUCUUAGAUUUAAAGAAAUGAAAAUCGGAGAACUAAUGUCUGAAUUUAUUGGCUUGUUCUACGGGAAUAACAAGAAUCAAAUGCAUCAAAAAAAAUGGGAAUAUGUACCAUCGCGAGAAAUAUCUCUUUAUGUUUUAAAUAGAGCCAAUUGCGCUACAAUAUUAAUGGAUAAAGCUUUGAAAUGUUAUCUAGAUGCAUACACUAAUUUUCGUUCCCUUCUUUGUCAAACUGAAUUCAUGUCAUUUGCAUUGGCUUGCUUGUCCGUUCUUGCAAGAUUAAACAUGUUAACGCGAGUUUGGAUCUCAGAGAUGAAGAAAUGUUGUGUUCUAUUAAAAGGGUGGAUUGAACAUUUCCCGCAAGAAAAUUCGAAACAUUGA